GCAUUCACUAUAUCUGCUCUCCCCGGACCCUGCAUUCACUAUAUCCGCUCUCCCCGGACCCCGCAUUCACUAUAUCCGCUCUCCCCGGACCCCGCAUUCACUAUAUCCGCUCUCCCCGGACCCCGCAUUCACUAUAUCCGCUCUCCCCGGACCCCGCAUUCAUUAUAUCCGCUCUCCCCGGACCCCGCAUUCACUAUAUCCGGUCUCCCCGGACCCCGCAUUCACUAUAUCCGCUCUCCCCGGACCCCGCAUUCACUAUAUCCGCUCUCCCCGGACCCCGCAUUCACUAUAUCCGCUCUCCCUGGACCCCGCAUUCACUAUAUCUGGUCUCUCCCCGGACCCCGCAUUCACUAUAUCCGCUCUCCCCGGACCCCGCAUUCACUAUAUGCGCUCUCCCCAGACCCCGCAUUCACUAUAUCCACUCUCCCCAGACCCUGCAUUCACUAUAUCCGCUCUCCCCGGACCCCGCAUUCACUAUAUCCGCUCUCCCCGGACCCCGCAUUC